AUGGAAUUUGUAAUUUGCUAAAAUACUUAAUGUCCUGAAAAAUAUAUUUGUUUAAAUGCGGAAUGCUAUUUAGCUGAAAAAAAGCAAAUUUAAUGUUACUAAUGUCUAACUAAAUAUCAUUUAAGUAAAAACAAAGUUGUAAAGCAUGUUGAUGAUUUCAUUGAGCUCGAAUAAUUUACUAAUGAAAUAAAAAAGAAACAAAUUAGAAGAAAUACUUUCAUUCAAAUGAUAAUUUAAUAAGCACUAGACUUUUCAAAGAAUAAAAUCUAGGAAGUAUAAUUAAGUAGAAAUGCUGAUCUAAUAAAGAAUGCUACUGAGAAAAUAGAAGGAGAAACAACCAAGCUUCUAAAAUAUCUAACCUCCACAUAUUUGGAGCAAAGAUUCACAUUUCCAUACCAAAACUCAUUUCAUUUUUUCUAUAUUAAGUUCUACUUUGAAGAUGAAAAUAAAUAUUAAGAAGAUUCAAAAUCAUAAUUAGCAACUCUAAUCUCAUAAAUUGAGAAAUAUAUGCAGACACUUGAUUUGGACAUUCGAACAACUAUAAAAAGGUUAAAAUUAGUCUUAUAAUUCAUUUAGGUCCCAAUAGAAAUUAGAAGUGCUUGAAAAACAAGUCACUUAAUUUAGUAAAUAAACUUUGUACAAUAAAUUAUUAUUAUUACUCCUAGUUUUAAUGUUUCCAUAUUUAUUCUAUUUGCAAGUUAAUCAAUUUGAGAUAUUAAAAUUUGAAAGGGAACAAGGGUUGACAACUCAAAGAUAAGAUUAUUUAUAGAAUGAAGUCUUAAAUUUAAAAGAUAAAUUUAAUUUGCUUGAAUAAUAGCACCAAUAGUUAUUAACAAAUCAGACUGAGGAUAUAUUAACAUUAAAUAAGACUCUUACAUAAGUAAUGGACAGUGUUUCAAAAUUAAAACUGCGUUUUGAUACCUUUAAAUAAAGUUAUGCUAUGAAUUUAGAGAAAGAUAGGAACAAUUUCUAGAGUCAAGUAGAAGCCAUAUAAAAUAAUCUAACAUAGUUUCUUAAUUUAGAAUUUCAAAUGAAAAGUAAAAUAUAAGAAAUAUCUUCGAUGCUUUAAAUAAAGAACGUUAAGAAAGAAAAUAUCAAAUCCCUAUCUGCAUAAUAAAUUAAAGUAAAACAAGAACAUUUGAAAAAAUUAAAAGAAAUAAUAGAUCAAAUUGAGGAGGAGAAUCUGAUGACAAAGAUAAUUCAAUUGAAAAAUUACGUAUAUACACUUUUGAAUUUUAGACAUUUAAUUAAAAUUCAUUUACAUCUACCGAAAAAGAACCUUAAGGGUUUUGAAUUAAUCUAUGAUGAGUUAUUUAAUAAGCCCAUAUUACUUUAAACAAUGGCUUCAAUCUAAUAAAUAGUCUUCAAACAAGCUGGAGAUAACCCUUUACUAUGUAUGGGAGGUUUAAACAUUUUGAGUUUAGAAAUCAUAGAUUUAAUAGCAUGUGACUUUGCAAAUGACAUGUUUAGACCAACUUUUGAUUCUAAAAAGGCGAUUAAAAGUACACAUGGAAAUAUCUACUGGUACUAAGUGUAAGAAUAAUCAUUUGGAUUUGCACCUAAUGAAAAUAUACAAUUAUUACGGUGUGAUGAUUAUGAUGAAGAAAGUGAAUACAGAUUAAGCUAUUGGUAUGAUAUAAAAACUCUUUCAGGAGGACGUCGAUUAGGUAAGAACUUAUCCCUAGAAAAUUCAACUGAACACAGAUUAUAGAUAUACUUAUUGAAUCCUCUAUUUUAAUGA